AUGAGGGUUGAAAUUAUUGCCAGGAAAUUCAUAAGUCCAUCUUCUUCAACUCCACCUCACCUCAGAAGCUUGAAAAUAUCGGCAUUGGAUCAGCUUCUUCCUUCAGUUUAUUCAGGAUUCACAUUUUUUUACUCGGCUGACGAGAACAUUAAAGGAGCCAAACCUUCUGAAAGAAGAAAGCAGUUGGAGAAAUCGUUGUCCGAAAUCUUAACCCUCUACUAUCCAGUGGCAGGCAGAUAUGUUGAAGAAAACCUGUUGAUUGAUUGCAAUGACCAAGGGGUAGAAUAUUUGGAAGCUGAAGUAAGUGGACGACUCUCUCAAAUUUUAAAUGGGGAGUUGCAGCCUGAGCAGUUGAAUCGGUUUCUUCCUUAUCCUGUUGCAUCGCCGACGAGUCCUUUAGCAGCUGUUCAGAUAAGCACUUUCGAGUGCGGUGGACUGGCUGUCGGAGUGCGCAUUUUGCACAAGAUAUCUGAUUUUGUGACGUCAAUGUCAUUUGUUAAUGGAUGGGCAACAACAUGUCGAGUUGGUACUGAUGAACUGCUCCGCCCAAGUUUUCAUCUGCCAUACCUGUUCCCGGCAAGAGAGACAGCUCAAAUCCGGAACGCACGUCCGAUUAAAAGUGGAGUAAAGGUCAUGACAAGAACUUUUACAUUUAGUAGAUCAACAAUAGCCAGCCUGAAAGUGAUUGCCAGAUCGAGAGACGAUGAUUUGGGAGGAAGGGAAGGCCAACCUUCGCGAGUCGACAUAGUCACUGCAAUUAUAUGGAAGGCUCUCAUUAAGGUGGCUGAAGCUAAACGUGGAUACCUGAGGCCAUCUGCAUUGAUCCAUCCAGUGGAAAUGAGAAGACAGAUAACAUUACCAGUACCACCAAAUUACUUUGGAAACAUGUUGAGGCUUGCGACAGCUCGAUUCGUGCCGAAUGAGAGCAAAAUGGGGUUGCAUGAUCUGGUAAGCCUGAUAAGGCAAGCAAUCAGCAGAGCUGUCAUGGAUUGCAGAAAAGCAACAAACUAUGACGAUUUGUUGUCGUGUGCAUCUAGCAGUUUCAGAGAGGGGAAGGAGGAAGCCAUUAGAGGUGAAAUAGAUCUCUAUACGUUCUCUAGCUGGUGUGGUUUCCCAAUUUAUGAAGUGGAUUUUGGUUGGGGGAAACCUAGUUGGGUGAGUAAUACGCAUAAGCCAGUACCAGUGGUGAAUUUGCUGGACACCAAAGAUGGUGGUGUUGAAGCAUGGAUAACUAUAGAGGAAAAAGACAUGAUUCUUUUUCAACAAGACCCUGAGAUCAUCGCCUUCACAAUUUCUCAAGAAUAA